GCCACAAUUACACGGAAUUGACGCUGGCUGAGUCUAGCUCUGAGUCUGAGGUUGCUCAAUCGUCUCGUAGUGCAUUUUUAUCGUAUGGUGAUAUGCAUCCGGUAAGCCUUGAAUAGUAGCAACCGAUUAAAAGUAGUGGAUAUUCAGAAUUCCAGAUAUACGUUGGCGAAAUCAGACGAAUUUGAAUUUCUUCACCCCUCUUCACCAUGCGGACAUGCGUUGUGUGCGACAGCAAACCAGCGACUUGUCAGUGCCGUUGUAAAACUAGGGCUUUCUGUUCGCGACAGUGUCAGGUAGAAGACUGGAAAGAACUGGGCCACAAAGGUCGCUGUCCGCGGAAGAGGAAAGUAUGCCCUGAGAAGGGCUCUACACCGCGAAGUCUCCUCAAGGCGGGGGAACCGCUAUCUAAGCUUGUGAACACACAGUAUGUACCUGUGAAUACGGGGAUGCCUGUGAUUGCAACAGCAACAGCAGACAUACUUUACAAUCCGCACCGUCAAGUGGGCGAUAAGAAUACUUCAGAUGCAUACGACAGCACGUGCAAGGCCUGUGUGGGAUCUGGGUCAGAUGGGCUGCUUGUAGACAUUCAUAAAACCAGCCCAUACACCAAGUCGGCUGAUAGAGCAAUGGGAAAGGGGGAUCGCGUCGUUGUUGUAGACUCAGUCAUAUGCACAGACCCGUAUUGCCAAAUACCAUGCAAGGAGUGUACACAGGCAUGCACGGAUGUAGCGUGUCAAAUGAAACAACUACAACAACCACAACAACCCGGACAACAAUACCAACAGCAGCCGAACACCAAACAAGUGGGGCGACACAACUACAAUCGGGGCGGUGUGGAAAAGGUCAACGUUCGAGUGGUUGGAAACGUCUUGUUGCAUGAUUCCGAGUUUGCGGUGCCAGCGAGUGUGUUUCCGCCGCUCAAGACAGGCAAUGCCACUACAACGUUAAAUGUGAGCACAGACACCAACACAGCGAUAUACACACCACACGAGCUGUCAUGCGUACCAACGGGACUGGGCACCGACAGCACAAAGAGAAAUCCCGAUACACUGAGCCUGACGCACAAUGUGUCGGUGAAGAAGUUCAGGCGGUCGCCACUGGAUGCGAUCCAGAGACAUGUUGGGUUUGCCCAAAAUAUGAUUUGCGAGACAAACCACCGCGAGGGCCCGAAAUUCACAGAGUUAAACACAGGUACGAGUACAGGUACACUUUCUAGUGUGAGCCCUACAACUAGCAACACGGGUGAGAGCAAUCCAGAAAGCAAGGAAAGCACGUGCUCUCCAGGACCUGAGUGGUCGGACGGUGGUAGCGGUGGUGGCCAGCCAAUCAAAUUGCAAGGAUCGGGCCAGCAUGCAUGCCAUUGGACAGGUUGUGGGUGGCGGUUCCACAACAAGUCUGGACUCGAGAGGCACCAGCGAAUACACACCAAAGAAAAGCCGUACAGCUGUCCGAAGGAAGGGUGUGACAAAAAAUUUUCUCAGCGCCAUCAUGUUAAGGCUCACUGUGCAUCCGUGCACGACGAGGUCAAGGCGUGGCGGUGCUCUAUGGACACGUGUGGCAAGAGCUUUUCGCGCAAAGAGAGUCUCACCAGGCACGAGCGUACGCACAAGUGAAGUGAGAUGCAAGCGGGUGCAAGUACUGUGCUGUGCUGUGCCGAGAAGGGGUGUGCGGGUGUUACAAUGGGGUCGUCGCCUGUAGAGUAGAUACUCUGUCGCAUUGUCGCCUGUACCAGUACGCACGAAGAGUCGGUCGCUUAUCUCCAUAGGUCGCCACACAUGGCUUCGGGAGCAUGGGCGUGUACACGCGUGUUCGCAGCUGCGCAUGGGCGCUCGAUGUAGGCACACGGCCUACGGCUGUCUGAUCGAUAUGGCGAGUACGUGAUUAGAAGGGGUGCGGUGUUCUACUGAAUGUGGCGGCAGCUGAUAGAACCAGUGCUCGCACACAACAGUACUGUAGGUUCUGAUCAAUGUGUAUAGAGUGGUUGAUGCUUUAACUAAAGCGACACGUGGUCUUGGAGAUACUGGCCAGUAGUCAGUACUUACGCGACCACACUGUGCACAGAUAGUGCACUUGGCACAGGAUAUCACUCAUGCAUAUUCUAGUACCUCGGAACGAGGCCGAGAGGAACGAUAUAUGUGAUCUCAACAAUGGAGUGGAGUGAGCGCCCCGUCUUCACAGAUCCUCGGCAUGUGCAAUAACGUACGUGAUGAGCUGAGCUGACUAAUAGCUCUACAACACAUAGUCGACAUUCAUACAACCAAAUAUCAUGGUGAUGUCACCAACAUAAAAUUGUAAUAUAAC